AUACGCAUAAGUUUAUUAUAUGUAUGUGUGAACUCGUGAAAUUAAGAAUGGCAAAAUAAGCACAUAGUGGAAACGCAUAUAUUUGUACUCUCAUACAAAUCAGUGCCUUUGAUAACAAUACAGUAUGCCUUCGAUAAAAGUGGCAAGUAGAAUUAUAAAAUUUGUUUUACUGGGCACUGUUAGCGAAAGGCACUGAUUUGUAUGUGAAUACAAAUAUACACUGUGGAUCAGCUCUGUGUUAAUUGGCAUUGAGGAAAGAGACUUGUAGAAAUUGGGAGUGAUUAAAGCUCCUGUGAUAAACACAACAAAAUGGUGCAUUACAAAAACUUAGUCCAGUGCAUGACUGCCACCUAGAAGAUAUCCUGUGUAACGUACAGACAGUCUACAGUACCACAGGCUGGCUCACACCAGCUCAGAUCUUCAAGACCAGCAUCUAUUAACCUAAUAAUUCUAAGCUGAUCCGAGCUUAUUAAACACAUAUUCAAAAGCAGAUGCUUAUUUAAACAGCACACGUUUUUAAACAGAUUAUAAUGAUAUAAAUAACAAAUUUCAGAUUUUACACUUUAAUAGGUCUGUAAAAACAAGGCCCCAAUUUACUGUUAAUAUGAAGGAAUUUUCCAUAUUGAUUUUUAAUCAGUGUUUUACACAUUUUGAAUCACACAUUAUAUUGUGUUGUGUUUUAGGAUUAAAGGAAAUGUCCAUUAAUUCUCUGGCAGAAAGUUACAGGUUUUUUGGGGGGGGGUUUUGCUAGCAUUCAUCGAUAUUAUUUGAACACAUGUUAAAUGAACCCACAAUGACGUAUUCAUUACCAGGGAGGUCCAUGUGACACCACCUGUUCUGUAGAGAAAAAAAAGAAAAGAAACGGUGUGCAGUCCUUAUAAUAAAUUAGGGAAUCAAUUGAGUGGAUCAUACAGAGAUUAAGGAAGAGAAAUGAGGAUUACUCUAAACAUCUGUCUGUAUCUUUCCUGUACUUUUGUCUCUGCUACUUUUAUUUCAGACUCCUGUCAAAUCCAGGGACACUUCAAGCUGAAUGGAAUGUAUCAGGAUGGAGAUUUUAUCAUUGGAGGCUUGUUUGAGGUUCAGCAUCUCAAAGUCUUUCCAGAACUUAGUUUCAGAAUGGAGCCGGAACAGCCCAAGUGUGAGGAAUUCUAUAUGUCAAGUUUCCAGCAGGCACAAACCAUGAUUUUCGCUGUAGAUGAGAUCAAUAAAAAUCCAAACCUGCUGCCUAACAUCACUCUUGGUUAUCAUCUUUAUGACAACUGUUUGAAGCUUGUAGUUGCAUUCAGGGCUGCUACAACUCUUAUUAGUGGCACAGAAAAGACAUUUUCAAACCUGAAUUGUACUGGCCCACCACCAGUGAUUGCUAUUGUUGGGGAUCCUGGAUCCACUCACUCCAUUGCAGUUUCUAGUGUACUGGGUCUAUUUCACAUUCCAAUGAUUAGCUACUAUGCCACCUGCUCCUGUUUGAGUGACAGGAACAAGUACCCCUCUUUCUUCAGAACAAUCCCCAGUGAUGCCUUCCAGGUGCGGGCUAUGGUUCACAUCUUAAAAUAUUUUGGAUGGACAUGGGUUGGGGUUCUCUAUAGUGAUGAUGACUAUGGAAUCUAUGCUGCUCAGUCUUUCCAUCAGGAAAUGCAGCGAUUUGGAGGUUGUGUAGCUUUUUCUGAAAUAAUGCCCUAUGAUAAUCACAGGGACAUUCAGCGCAUAGUGGCAGUGAUUAAGGCCUCUACAGCCAGAGUAGUGGUGGCAUUCUCAACUGAUCUGUUACCCCUGAUGGACGAAUUGUUACUUCAAAAUGUGACAGGCAGGCAGUGGAUUGCAAGUGAGGCAUGGACCACCUCACCUGUGCUCCACCUUCCACGUUUCGUACCCCUCGUUGGGGGCACACUGGGCAUUGCCAUCCGUCGAGGAGAGAUCAAGGGACUUAAUGACUUUCUUCUACGUCUUCAACCUGACAGCGAUCCAAGAAAUAAUAUGGUGAGAAUCUUCUGGGAGAACAUGUUUGGGUGCAGUUUUGAGAAUGGAAGCAGAGAUGGAAAAAAAAUGUGUACAGCGGAAGAGGAUCUGAACAGCACAGUUAAUGAAUAUAAUGAUGUAUCAGAGCUAAGGGCCUCUUAUAAUGUGUAUAAAGGAGUUUAUGCCCUGGCACAUGCACUACAUGACCUGAUGCAGUGUGAGGAGGGAAGAGGACCAUUCAUUGGGAACAGAUGUGCUGACAUAACUAACCUACAGCCAUGGCAGAUGAUUCACUACCUACAGAAAGUGAACUUCACCACAGGCUUUGGGGAUCAUGUAUCAUUUGAUGAGAAUGGAGAUGCUCUGGCAAUCUAUGAUGUAAUGAACUGGCAGCCAAGCGCUGAUGGAUCGAUCGUUGUCCGCACAGUUGGUGUGGUAGAUGAAGGGGCGACAUCAGGGAAAGUGCUCAUACUUGAUGAGGAUGCAUUAUACUGGAACUCUGAGACAAAAAAACCCCCACGGUCUGUGUGCAGUGAGAGUUGCCCCCCAGGAACCAGACGAGCCACGAGGAAGGGCCUUCCUGUCUGCUGUUUUGAUUGCUUGCCGUGUGCAGAUGGAGAGAUUUCUAAUGCAUCAGACUCUACUGAAUGCACAGUGUGUCCAAAAGAGUUAUGGUCCAGUCCAGAAAAAAAUCACUGUGUACCUAAAGAAGUAGAGUUUCUGUCCUAUGAAGAUCCUCUGGGCAUCUCUCUGACCACUGCUUCCCUGCUUGGCACCUGCUUCUGCGCCCUUGUGAUGGUCAUCUUUGCUCAUCAACGUAACACUCCUGUGGUACGCUCCAACAAUUCAGAGCUCAGCUUCCUGCUGCUGGUUUCACUCAAACUGUGUUUCCUGUGUGUGCUGCUGUUCAUUGGCCGGCCACAUAUGUGGACGUGUCAAUUAAGACAUGCCAUGUUUGGUAUUAGUUUUGUACUUUGUGUCUCCAGCAUCCUGGUCAAGACUAUGGUGGUAAUAGCCGUGUUCAAGUCAUCUCGACCAGAGGGUAAAAGUACGAUGAAAUUGUUUGGAGCAGCUCAACAAAGAGGCACUGUCCUAGUUCUCACUGCUGUCCAGGUUGUGAUAUGUGCAGUCUGGCUAUCAACUGCCUCUCCAACACCCCAUAAAAACAUUCAGUAUAUCAGGUCUAAAAUAGUAUUUGAAUGUGCCAUUGGUUCAGUGGCUGGUUUUGCCAUUCUGCUUGGGUACAUUGGCCUCCUGGCAGCAGUAAGCUUCUUGUUAGCUUUUCUUGCAAGAAAUCUUCCAGAUAAUUUUAAUGAAGCCAAAUUUAUUACCUUCAGUAUGAUUAUCUUCUGUGCUGUGUGGAUUGCAUUUGUUCCAGCAUAUGUGAGCUCACCAGGGAAAUAUGCAGUUGCUGUUGAGAUAUUUGCCAUUUUAGCUUCUAGUUUUGGAUUACUGGUGUCCAUAUUUGCCCCAAAGUGCUACAUCAUCCUAUUACACCCAGAGAGAAACACUAAAAAAGCCAUCAUGGGAAGAACCGCUGAAAAUAAAUAAUUUGGGAAAUUGGGAACUGGGAAAUUUUCUUAAAAUUGUAUUUCUGUAUUUGACACUAGUUCAUUGUCCAACUUGU